AUGGAGUAUAUUAUUAUGGUGACAAGCUCUGAUGAGGAGCUGAGAAGGAAUCCUGCAAAGGUGUUCAUCAUGUCUUCAGACUGCUUUGAUACUCUAUUCAAGGUGACUUGCCUCGCCGGCCCUUUCCAAGGUCGCAGCGCGGGGCACCCGCUGCGGGGCCAACCUGAGACCCCUGCCCCGGUGCUCGUUUAUCCCAAAAAGCGUUCGGGUUUCUCGUUGGCUUGCUGGACAGCAGGGACUGCUCCUUGCUGUCCUCCAGCGAUGGGUACCGCGGGGGUUGGCGCUGCCACCCCACCUGUUGGUGCAGGUAUCAUAGAGCAGUACAUGAUAAUGGAAGGAAAUAUCAGAUUGCUAAUGUUUGCUAUGCAAGAUGUAAUUGUUGGACCGUGUCUUGCCAAGACCAAAAAUUCUGCCAAUAUUUGUAUGGGGACAUUAUUGCUGUGGCUUGAUUUAACUAUUGGUGGUUUAGCUGCGUUUUCAGUACAGGAUAUUUUGAAGUUUCUUUGGACACUCCUAUUUUUAGAUCCAACUAUGACAACACAAGAUACCAGUCAGUCUCAGGCCAGCUCCUGGACGAAAAUGCAAGUUGGACCUAAUGAAUCAUCUCCUGAGCCCAUGACAGCUACACCAUCUGUCAGCUGGCAAACUCAGGGGAGCCCUUCAACUCAUUUGACACUUGGACAUACUGUAUCUACACCUGGUCCAGAUUUUACCACACAAGAUUUCAAGCAGACAACCGAAGAGGACAUGUCUAAUCUCACUUUUGUCAAGUACGAGAUACUCCUACCCGGUGCUGCAGGUAAUUUCAUGGAAAAAAAUAUCACUUUGGAAAAUGCAACUAGAAUCGAACUUUCCUGCAGGUUGGACAAUAAAUAUUCUCAUUUGAAAAGUCUGCAAGUGACUUGGAAGAGGGGAAAGGAAACAAUCAGACACAUCAAUAAAACUAAAAACAGCUGGAGCAUCCAGUUGAAGAUCUCGGAUAACAGUAAGCUGGGGAAUUACAGUUGCACACUGAAAGGUGAAGAAGAAAUUGGUGCUAUGUUUCGUUUACAAGUACCAAAAAUUGAUGGAAAAGAAAAACCCCUAAUCAGUUAUGAAGGAGAUACAGCUGUCAUGAUCUGUACAAGUGGCUAUACUCCUAUAUCUUGGACUUGGUAUAUGAACAAUGGAAGUGAACAGAUUGCCAUUAAGGACUCCUUGCUGGCUGACAAGUAUGUAAUUAAUACAAUAUCUGCUAACAUAACACAUCUGAAGAUACUGAAGGUCACCAAGGAAGAUGAUGGUGUAUAUUGGUGUGAAGCUGCAUUUGAACUAGGGAAAAGUAAAGGAAAGCUGAAGCUUAAAGUUCUGUCCUACAUGGUGCCUCUCAAACCCUUUCUUGCAAUUAUGGCCGAAGUUGUUAUUUUACUAACCAUAGUUUUCCUCUAUGAGAUGUAUUCAAAAAAGAAAGAGAAACGUGCAGAAGAUGAAAAAGAAUUUGAUCAAAUUGAGCAACUUAAAUCAGAAGAAAGCAAUGGUCUGGAAAACAGUAGCACUAGGCACAGAAGAAUUUAG